AUGUCCAGAUCAAACAACAAGCUCUGGAUGUCCGGGCUUUCACUAUUCCUUGUGUUGCUCUGCGUCGUGAUGCCUUUCUUCUCCGCCAACAGCGGAUUGGUUUUGGCUUCCGAUGAAGAUGCCGAGGAGAGUUAUGGAACCGUCAUUGGUAUCGACUUGGGUACCACCUAUUCGUGUGUGGGUGUCAUGAAGAACGGAAAGGUCGAAAUCUUGGCCAAUGACCAAGGUAACAGAAUCACCCCUUCGUAUGUCGCCUUCACUGACGAGGAGAGAUUAAUCGGAGAUGCCGCCAAGAACCAGGCUCCUUCCAACGUUAACAACACCAUCUUCGACAUUAAGAGAUUGAUCGGUUUGGAGUACCUGGACAAGACCGUCCAGAAGGAGAUCAAGCACUUGCCAUACAAGAUCGGCAAGAAGGGUAAGAUGCCUGUUGUUGAGGUCGAACUCAACGGUGAGCAGAAAUCUUUCACUCCAGAGGAAAUUUCCGGUAUGAUCUUGGGUAAGAUGAAGUCUAUUGCCGAGGAGUACUUGGGCAAGAAGGUCACCCAUGCCGUUGUCACUGUGCCAGCUUACUUCAACGAUGCUCAGAGACAGGCUACCAAGAACGCUGGUAUCAUUGCUGGUUUGAACGUGUUGAGAAUCGUCAACGAGCCUACCGCCGCUGCCAUUGCCUACGGUUUGGACAAAACUGAUGGAGAGAAGCAGAUCAUUGUUUACGACUUGGGUGGAGGAACCUUCGAUGUGUCCUUGUUGUCCAUUGAGGGCGGUGUUUUCGAAGUUUUGGCCACUGCAGGUGACACUCACUUGGGUGGUGAGGAUUUCGACUUCAAGCUUGUUAGACACUUGGCUAAGGCUUUCAAGAAGAAGCAUGGCAUUGACAUCACUUCCAACCCUAAGGCCAUUGCUAAGUUGAAGAGAGAGGCAGAGAAGGCUAAGAGAACCUUGUCGUCCCAAAUCUCCACCAGAGUUGAAAUCGACUCUUUCGUUGAUGGCAUUGACUUCUCUGAGCCUAUUUCGAGAGCUAAGUUCGAGGAAUUGAACAUCGAUUCCUUCAAGAAGACCUUGAAGCCUGUCGAGAGAGUCUUGCAGGAUGCUGGUGUCAAGAAGUCCGAGGUGGAUGAUAUCGUCUUGGUUGGUGGUUCCACCAGAAUUCCAAAGAUUCAGGAAUUGAUUGAGAACUAUUUUGACGGUAAGAAGCCUUCUAAGGGUAUCCACCCAGAUGAAGCUGUUGCUUACGGUGCUGCUGUCCAGGCCGGUGUUCUUUCCGGUGAGGAGGGUGUUGAUGACAUUGUUUUGUUGGAUGUCAACCCAUUGACCUUGGGUAUCGAGACCACUGGUGGUGUUAUGACAACCUUGAUCAACAGAAACACCGCUAUCCCAACCAAGAAGUCCCAGAUUUUCUCUACCGCUGCCGACAACCAGCCAACUGUGUUGAUUCAGGUGUUUGAGGGUGAGAGAGCAUUGGUUAAGGACAACAACAACUUGGGUAAGUUCGAAUUGACUGGUAUUCCUCCAGCACCAAGAGGUGUUCCUCAAAUUGAGGUCACAUUCUCUUUGGACGCUAACGGAAUCUUGAAGGUUGAGGCUAUGGACAAGGGUACUGGAAAGUCUAAGUCUAUCACCAUCACCAACGACAAGAGUAGAUUGUCUAAGGAGGAGAUUGACAGAAUGGUGGAGGAAGCAGAGAAGUUUGCUGCUCAGGAUGCCGAAAUAAAGGCCAAGAUUGAAUCUAGAAACUCUCUUGAGAACCUUGUUCACAACUUGAAGCAGAAGCUCGAUGACAAUGACGAGUACGUUGCCAAGAUGGAUGACGAUGACAAGGAGGAAUUGACCGAUGCUAUUGCUGAGAUUUCCGAAUUCUUGGAGGAGAACUACGACACUGCCACUUCUGAGGAGUUUGAUGAGCAGAAACAGAAGUUGAUUAAGAUCAGUCUGAAGAUCUCUGAGAAGAUUUACAGCGGAACUGGUGACGCCGGUGACUACGGCGAUGCCCAGUUUGGUGACGACGACUCCGACGACGAAUUUGACCACGAUGAAUUGUAA